UUGAUAUAACUUAUAAUUAAUAACCAUUAUUAACGAGCACCACUCCUGAUCCGUGAGCUUGUCACGUUCACAAAGAUGGAUCUACCGACCUCGUAUCUGUAUUGCGAGCACGAUCUACUGCAGCAUCUCGAUUACGCGCGCAAUAAGAAGAGACCGUGUCCCCGCAAUGAAGUCGCUGUUGCCGUCGGCUUGGACUUUGUUGCCGGUUGUCUUGGUGGAUGCGCUGGCACUCUAAUUGGUCAUCCGUUUGAUACAGUGAAGGUGAGGCUCCAGUUACAGUCGCAGCACAAACCGCUGUAUAGAAACACAUUCGACUGCUUCAAGACCAUUAUACAGAAAGAGUCGGUGUUAGGUCUGUACAAAGGCUUGUCUUCUCCCAUGGCUACCCUGGCCUUUAUCAAUGCUAUUGUGUUUGGAGUGUAUGGCUCUGUUAUCAGACAUGUUGACAACCCAGAUGCCCUUGGCAACCAUUUUCUCGCCGGGUGCGUUGCUGGUGCAGCGCAAGCUGUCGUGCUCUCUCCUGUCGAACUCGCAAAGACCUACAUGCAGCUGCAGGGCUGUGGUGAGGCCAGGGGCGGAGCCACGCCUGGGUCGCCCCGUCGUUACAGGGGUUCCGCACACUGCAUCGUGGCGGUGUGGCGGCGAGGCGGCGCGAGGGGCGUGUUCCGGGGUGUGUGGCUGACGGUGCUGCGGGAGACUCCUUCAUUCGGCGUGUACUUCUACAGUUUUGAGCUGGUGUGUCGUCGGAUGGCGGAGGGAGCAGGCAAAGAGACAGGCGUGGGCGGAUUGCUACUGGCCGGUGGUAUCAGUGGAAUGCUCUCUUGGCUCAGCACAUAUCCAGCUGACGUCGUCAAGUCACGCUUUCAGGCAGAUGGCGCCGGUGGGAAAAGCUUCAAGUACAGUGGUGCACUGGACUGCGCAUGGCAAAGCUAUGCCGCCGAGGGACACAGGGUGUUCUGGCGUGGCCUGAUGCCGACCCUCGUGCGUGCAUUCCCUGUCAACGCAGCCUGCCUUGCCGUUGUCAGCAUUUUUCUGCGCCUGACUAGACGACCCAAGAAUGACGAUGAGGGGAACGGGGCGUGAGCGGUGGCGGAGUAACACUCGAGUGGACACCGGUGCGGCGUAGUUGUGUACGUGGUUUCCAUGACAUGUUUACCGAUACGU